AUGCCUGGUUCCAUGCGUUUGUUUUAUCGCUUAGCCUUUCUUUCUCUUAUGCUUCCUUUCUAUGCCACUGAAUAUAUGUACCAUUUUGGUCUUAUUUCAUUUCUAUCUAUAUCUAUCUAUCUAAUAAUCAGUUCAUUUCUCAUCUAUCUAUCUAUCUAUCUAAUCCAGUUCAUUUCUAUCUAUCUAUCUAAUCCAGUUCAUUUCUAUCUAUCUAUCUAUCUAUCUAAUCCAGUUCAUUUCUAUCUAUCUAUCUAUCUAAUCCAGUUCAUUUCUAUCUAUCUAUCUAAUCCAGUUCUAUCUAUCCAUUCAUCUAUCUAUCUAUCUAUCUAUCUAAUCCAUUCUAUCUAUCUAAUCCAGUUCAUUUCAUCUAUCUAUCUAUCUAAUCCAUCAUUUAUCUAUCUAUCUAUCUAUCUAUCUAUCUAUCUAAUCUCCAUUCAUUUCUAUCUAUCUAUCUAUCUAUCUAUCUAUCUAAUCCAGUUCAUUUCUAUCUAUCUAUCUAAUCCAGUUCAUUUCUAUCUAUCUAUCUAUCUAUCUAUCUAUCUAUCUAUCUAUCUAUCUAUCUAUCUAUCUAAUCCAGUUCAUUUCUAUCUAUCUAUCUAUCUAAUCCAUUCAUUUCUUUCUAUCUAUCUAUCUAAUCCAGUUCAUUUCUUUCUUUCUAUCUAUCUAAUCCAGUUCAUUUCUUUCUAUCUAUCUAUCUAUCUAUCUAAUCCAGUUCAUUUCUUUCUAUCUAUCUAUCUAUCUAUCUAUCUAUUUAAUCCAGUUCAUUUCUUUCUUCUAUCCAUCUAUCUAAUCCAUUUAAUCCAGUUCAUUUCUUUUCAUUAUCUAAUCCAGUUAUUUCUAUCUAUCUAUCUAAUAAUCCAGUUCAUUCAUCUAUCUAUCUAUCUAUCUAAUCUUUUCAUUCUAUCUAUCUAUCUAAUAUCUAUCUAUCUAUCUAUCCAGUUCAUUUCAUCUAUCUAUAUCUAUCCAGUUCAUUUCUAUAUCUAUCUAUCUAUCCAGUUCAUUUCAUCUAUAUCUAUCUAUCUAAUCAGUUCAUUUCUCAUAUCUAUCUAUCUAUCUAAUCCAGUUCAUUUCAUUUCUAUCUAUCUAUCUAAUCCAUUCAUUUCAUUAUCUAUCUAUAUCUAUCUAUCUAAUCAGUUCAUUUAUCUAUCUAUCUAUCUAUCUAAUCCAGUUCAUUUGAUUAUCUAUCUAAUUUAUUCAUUCUAUCUAUCCAGUUAUAUCUAUCUAUCUAUCUAUCUAUCUAAUCCAUUUUCUAUCUUCAUCUAUCAUCUAUCUAUCUAUUCCAGUUCAUUUCUAUCUAUCUAUCUAUCUAUCUAUCUAAUCCAGUUCAUUUUAUCUAUCUAUCUAUCUAAUCUAAUCAUCUAA